CCACUUGCUGCGACGCCUUGGCUGCCGCUCGCUGCUGCGUUGCCCGCACCCGAGCCGCCGCUGCAGGGCGCAGGUGUGGCGUGGCAGCAUGCGUCGUCGACACACAGCAUGCAGCGCCGCGGCAAACAGAACGCUGGGCGGCGCGCGCAGCGAUGGCAGCAGCGCACGCGGCAGCGCCGGCGCAUCGAGACGCGCACUCUCGAGCUUCUCCAGGCCAGCAGAAGCACUCAAGCCCGCGUCACCUCUUCUCCGCCACCACCUGCCACUCUCGCUUCCACACCACCACCACCUCUACACCGCCGCGCACCACUCUUCACCCCUCGCAUCGCCCCGUCUCGUCUUGCCUGCUCCUGGUGCCUGCACCUGCACCGACCCUCGCCGCCGCCUCCACCUGCCCUCGCAUGCCGCUCUCGGGCUCUGCCGCCGCCGUCGCUGCCGCCGACGACUUCCUCACGGGCCACCUCGGCUCGCUGCUUGCGCGCCAGCCGUCGAGCACCAGCAGCGGCAGCGGCAGCCAGAGCGGCGCGCCCGCGGCGGCGCUGGCCUCGCCACGCCGCAGCGGCAGCACCUCGUCCGUCGCAGCUGCCGAGCCGUGCCGCAGCGGCAGCAGCUCUUCCACGGCAGCUGCCUCGCAGGCCAGUGGCAGCGGCUCGCACCUCGCCGCGCCACGCACCCGCUCGCACACGGCCGCAUCGCCUCGCCGGGACAGCGCGCCAAUGCCGAGCGCCAGCCACGCUCGCAGCUCCUCCAGCAGCGGCGAUGCCAGCGUAGGCACCGCAUCUUCGCGUCGUCCUUCGGCGCCGUCUGCCGGCUUCACGACGCGCUUCGGCAGCACGGCUGAUCUGCGCCGCGGCUCGCGCGGCGGACCAGGCAGCAGCGGCUCGGGCGCCUCGUCGAGCUCGCACACCUCCACGUCGCCGACGGCCGCCACAUCACGGCGCACCUCGACCGAGUGCAGCAACGACGCCUGGGGCGCGCCGUCGCUCUUCGGCUUCUCUCUCGGCUCGAGCGAGCCGCUGAUCGCAGACGAUGCCGUGCCGCACACGCUGCCCGAGGCGCCGCCAUGCGCGCCGCCGGGCCUCGGCAGCCACAGCGUACCAAGCGCGCAGGUGCAGCCGCGCUACACGAGCAUGAUCUCCAGCCGGCGUCCGAGCGAUCGCCGUGCCGGUUCUUCGGUGCACGCCUUGUCGCGUCCCGCCUCCACUGUCUCAAGCAGGCGCUCGCAAGCCGGCUCGCGUGCCUCGUCGCCCGAUGCCGCCACCUCUGAGCGCGCCAGCGGCGGUCUAGAAGCUGUGCGCGAGGCAGCCGAGGAGCUAGCGGCUCGCCGCGAGGCAGACCUGCUGCCGCCAGCGCCUGACUGCGCCGAGCCGACCAAGGACCUUAGCGCGGCCUGUGCGCAGGCGCGUCUCGCUUCGGAGAUGGUGCUCGUUCCCUUUGGCACCGAUGGGCGCUCUUUCCGCUUCGUUGAGAGGGCCUCUUUGAGCCAGCCUACGGACGACUUGCCAGCGCCCAAGGCUGCGCCAGCAGCGCCUGCUCCGAUGCCGCUGCGCCGGCCUGCCAUGCCGCACGCCGCGUCUCGCACGACCAGCGUCGGCUCGACUGGCAGCACGGCGUUCAGCCUGCCGUCGCCUGGCAGCCUCUCUCCGUUCAGCUCGAGUCCCAGCUCGGAGUGUCCGCCGCUCUCGCCCAGCGCGCCCGGCCGCAACUCGCCAGACGACAGCGGGCCGGACACGCCCGAGGACGGCGUGGCGCUCCGCCCGACGAGCAAGGAGGAGCAGCGCCGCGUCGAGCGCGACCCGCUCGACCGCCAGGCCAAGCGCGUCGUCAACGAGGGCCGACAUCGUCUCUCGCCCGAGAUUGCCGUCUGAGCGUCGCGCCAUACACAGCGCACGCUUUACUGUAUUCUUCUCUGUCCGCCUUACGACCCUGACGACCUCUGCGCGCAACACACGGCCCGCAUGCCUUGCCAUGGACACGCCUCUCCAACCCGGAUAACUCGACCUGCGCACACACGACCCGCCGCCGUCAUCUUCGGACCUUUCUCCACCCCUCUGUGCUGCUCCUUCUCAGCCUCGCUCAAGCCAAGCUUCUCUCACGCGCCGCGUCGCUGCCCGACUGCUUUCUCACUGC